UUCCGUACGCUGUAUGCGAUUCUAGUCGCGAUCAAGGUAACUUAACGCACACACAGUGGAUGAUGUGGUCGUGGUGGCUCAGGCAAUGUGAAGAAGAAAAUGUGCGAGUGAGUAUGGCAGAAUAAGACUGCACAUGCGUAAUGAUGAGCCAAUAACUCCGGCAAAACCUCCCGCUUCGAACAGAGUGGUUCGGUCCGACACCGCUCUGGAACGUUUUAAAGAAGGAAACAGAGAAGAGGAGAGAGGACUUUAAAAACAAACAAACAAAAAUCUUUGCAAGGGGGAGCUUUGGAAGCAUGUCUACUGUCGUGUGCCGUGCUCCCCCCGGCUUUCUUUUAGUUACCACCCAAGUUCGGGUACAAGCUAUUCUGGAAAAGCACCCAAAGUGUUGAAAGCAAUGGUCCCCAGAAUCUGAAGUUGGGUGCCAUCUAACGAUGGCAGGGGGUCGAAGUGAAACUGUGCCGGGUGGGAGGUUUGAUUUUGAUGAUGGUGGCACGUAUUGCGGUGGUUGGGAGGAUGGGAAAGCACACGGCCAUGGUGUCUGUACAGGCCCAAAAAGCCAAGGAGAAUACAGUGGAUCCUGGCACUUUGGUUUUGAGGUGUCCGGUGUCUACACAUGGCCGAGCGGCAGCACGUUCGAGGGCCAGUGGCAGAAUGGCAAGCGGCAUGGUUUGGGGGUGGAAACGAGGGGUCGGUGGACGUAUCGCGGCGAGUGGACGCAGGGAUUCAAAGGACGCUACGGCAUUCGGCAGAGUGUUAGCUCAGGAGCUAAGUACGAGGGCACCUGGGCCAACGGACUGCAGGAUGGAUAUGGAUCCGAAACCUAUGCAGACGGAGGCACUUUUCAGGGGCAGUGGAUGCGAGGAAUGCGCCAUGGGUACGGAGUGCGGACGAGCGCGACUUUCGGCCUUGCAUCGCACUACCGUCCGAAAAGUGCGCGCGGAUCCCUUUCAUCCAUUCCGGCGAGUGAGCAAGCGGACCCAGCCAGCGAUCGAGACCGAAAGAUCGACGAUUUUCGAGGGGGUUUCGUUCUCAAAUCUCGAAGCGACGAACCACCCGCCCGAAGAAGGUCCCUUGUCGAGAAGUCCACCAAUCUGAAGAAAUCCAUCUUGCAGGGGCUGAAGAUCAAGAAACAGCGGAGCACAGGGGACAUCGACCGGCGGGGGGUGAGCUCGAUCCGAAGCUCGGGUUCGAACCUAAGUUCUGCGAGCUCCGAGUCGAGUCACUCUGGGAUGGCGCACAGCCAGGCGGGCUCCAUACACACUGACAGCAACGUCAGUUUCGUUAGCCAGGACGAACUGUGUGAUGCCGCCGUCACCGAGACCUAUAUGGGCGAAUGGAAGAACGACAGGCGAUGUGGAUUUGGAAUCGCGGAGAGAUCGGAUGGAUUGAAAUACGAAGGGGAAUGGUAUAACAACAAGAAAUACGGUUACGGUGUUACGACACUAAAGGAUGGCACAAGGGAAGAGGGCAAGUACAAGAAUAACGUGCUAGUCUCAUCUGGCAAGAAAAAACAUCUUUUCAUGUUGCGAUCGGCUAAGUUCAAAGAGAGGAUAGACGCCGCCGUAAAUGCUGCGCACAGAGCUUCCCAAAUAGCUCUGCAGAAAGCGGAUAUUGCAAUAUCCAGAACGGCAACUGCCCGCGGUAAAGCCGAACAGGCUGAUAUAGCAGCUCUCCAUGCUCAGGAGGAUUCAAACAUUGCCAGACUAAUUGCCAAGCAGUUUGAUCCAGAUGCCAAAAUGCCAGAUAUGGUGAAGAAUAAGUUCUCCGACAGACUGAAUCCCAAUUCGUCAACGAGAAUUCCAUUCACCAACAUCAGUAAUCAAACACUAUCGCCCCAAACUCCUGACAGCUCAAGGACAGAGUCCCCGCUGGACACACCAAAACGAACUCUUUCCUCUCGAGCUUUGAGCACGGGAACUCCCACGCAGCAGCCCAGGUAUGCAGCCUCACCACCUGUGACCGGAAUGCAACAACAGCAGUCCCAAGUGAGAACAGACUCAUACGCAACGCAAAAUAAUCCUCAGCAAGAUAGGUUCAGGGCUCAGACGCCUCAGAUGCAGUCACAGUAUAUGAACCAACAGAGUGCAGUAACUAUGAACCAAACAGGGUACUCCAGUGCUCAACAGGGAUUAGGUCAAAAACAAGACCCUAGGUAUAUGCCUCAGCAGAUGAUGACGCAAGAUAGGUAUCCUGCACAACAACAAACACCAUCUCAGCAGCCUUAUAUCAAUCAAAAUCAAGGAUAUGGUGCUUAUCCAAGUAACGUGUCUCCUCAAGUUCCGCAGCAGAUGCUCCAGCCUCAGUAUCAAAUGCAGAAAAUUAACUCAAAUUAUUUAGGUCCUUCUGGAGCUCCUGGUAUGGGACAUGACCCUCCUGUAGUGCCUAAUCGUCAGGGUUCUUUUCGUCGUAGACCAAGUGCUAGAGAUACUGGUGUUGGAGGCGGGUAUUCGAUUCAGCAAGCCAUGGGUGAUCAUUUCGACCAUUAUAGGCAAGAACCACGACCAAGAAAUGUGAUCAAGCAUGGGAGGAGAAUACCUUCGCCUGCGAGAAGUGGAUUAAGCAGAGAGAUGACACCCAUGAGUGGUCUGUUCAGCCAACAACAGUACCACCCAUCGUCUAGAAUGAGCUAUGGACCGGACGCUACGCCUGAUUCCGGAGUUUCCGAAAGUAUGGAUGGUGACGAAUUGUCUCCAGCCCGAUUUGGUAGGAAAUCCCAGAUGCCGCCGAUGAUUUACGGUGAUAGUCAGGCGUCCAGUCUAUUGAGUUUUGCACCCAGUGAAGAGGAUGGUCGAACCAUGAGUCCAACUAUGAGCAGCAUAGGAAUAGACAGUGAGCUGGGUUCCGAAGCUUCCACUGGAAGCAAUUUCCCUCGGACAGCAUCUCUCUAUGUGAAUCCCCCAAGCCGACGGAAACAAGAUGUGCCUUCAGGAGGUAAGGGCGAGGGAGUGCAUAAGAGGAAAAAAAGUAUGCCUCAUGGGCCAAAAGAAUUAGGAUCACCACCAAAAGUUAUUCCUCGGGAAGAAGUGGCAUAUCUUAGUUCCCAGAGAAGGGAAGAAGUCAGGAGGAUGCAAUACGAAGCUGAGAGGCUGAGGUCAAAUCCUUUGUUAUAUCUUGUAAGACCAGAUUUAAAGGUAAGCUACAUUUCAUUCCCUUAUAUCAUUAUUUUUUCAUAUCCUAACAUUAUGCCGAAGCUAUAAAUCUGCAAAAUGCUC